CUAAUAUCACAAUUUCUCAUAUUUUCGACCUCGCAAUUUGGUUCACACAAACACGCAUGACGCAAGUGGAGAGUAAGGCCCAACCUUCGGUCCGGAAAAGCCCCAAAGGGAAGUGGUUGAAACUAAGGCCGUGAAAUUCCCUUACAAUCUUCAACUUUUUUUUUUCUUACUUUAGUUUAGUCCUCCAUUUUUCUUCUCCCAUGAUUUCUGGGAAGCUUUAUUCAUCUUACUCUUCAUCAUCGUCAUGCAUUUUCCCACCAACACCAACAUCGACACCGAGGGGCAAUCUCCAUCUUUCUUUUCUUAAAAUCUCUUCAACACUCAGAUUAAUCAGCUUUCAAUCCCCCUCUCUCUCUUUUCCAUCCUCCUUUGUUUCUAAAUCCAGUGCCAAGUCCACUAGAUUUUCGAGUUCUUUGGUUCAAGUUUAUAGCUACGAAGGCCAAAAUUCCAUUACUUUGUCGGAUUUGGACGACUUGUCCGAGAAUGGAGUUGUCUAUAAGAAAACACUGGCCAUGGUGGAGUGCUCCAUGUUCGCUGCACUUAAUGGCUUGGUCUACUUCUUGAGCAAUUCUCUUGCUCUUGAGAAUUACUUCGGCUGUUUCUUCUGUCUUCCAAUAGUAAUCUCUUCAAUGAGAUGGGGCAUAUCAGCUGGGAGAAAAACCAUGGUCUGUAGUUUUCCUGGACUCAAACAGGUGGCGACGUUUUUGCUGCUGCUGGUUUUGUCUGGUCCAGUGAAAGCUUUAACAUAUCUGCUUAGGCAUGGUUUAGUGGGGUUUACAAUGGGCUCCUUGUGGAGGCUUGGAGCAAAUUGGAGUACCUCAAUCUUUCUUUGCACAAUCGUUCGAGCAUUUGGGGCAGUGGGUUAUGUCUUAGUAUCUUCAUUCUUGAUAAGAGAGAACAUACUAGCUCUGAUCACUAUAAAUAUUCAUGCUUCCCUCACCCUUAUCUUUACUGCCUGGGGUGUGAACUUGAUCCCAUCAAUGAACGCAAUAUAUGCUAUAUUUGGGACACUGGUAUUCCUGAACUGUGGAUGCUUCAUGUUUUUGCUUCAUCUUUUGUACUCCAUAUUCCUUACUAGACUUGGUUUGAAGACUUCAUUGACAUUACCAAGGUGGCUGGAAAAGGCAAUGUAAACAUUCUGACAGGUAUUAAUUUUUUGACAAUGAUGAAUACCUUUUCCUUUUAUAGGAGGAAGAUAUUGGUUAGGCUCAAUGGAACAUUUCAUUCAUUAAUGAUUUGUUCUAUUGUGAAAGGUUACGAAUUAUGGAUGAUGCUUUUUCCAAAUCAGAUAUAAUGGAAGUAACUAUUAGCAUUAAGAUUUCUAGUAGUGGUCAUCUUCCUGUAAAGGUUACGAAUUUAGGAUGUAAUUAGUGAUUAGCUUUGACACUUUGUAGACUGGAUUAUACAAUCUGGGAUCUGGAUUACAAAUUCAAGCAUGAAAUUAUCUUAUCAACUUUUCGAGAUCA